ACAAGUUUUAGAUUGAUGUUGUGUUAACCUAAAAAUAUAAACAAAGUGGAAAAAUGUACAAGAGUUGGCAGUUUUUAAACUUUUAAAAUGGUUUUUCUCAGUAGAACAUGGUUUGCUGCGAAGGAAAUUAAAAUCCCUCGAAAAUAUCUACGUAAUAAGUUUAUAGACACCGUGAGGCUUCAUGUAAAAGGCGGCACCGGUGGCACUGGACUACCAAAGUUUGGUGGUUUAGGUGGACAAGGAGGAUGUAUAUAUUGUGUAGGAAAUGAGAAGGCCGAUUUAAGGUCUAUCGUGAGUAAAUAUCGCGCUAAAACUAUAACCGCAGGACACGGCGAAGAUAGCAGAAAAACGAAAAUUGUUGGGAAUCCAGGCGCUGAUGUAAAACUCGAAGUUCCGCUCGGCGUGACUAUCUACGGAGAAGAUGGAAGGGUAUUAGGAUCUAUAGAUAAGGAGGAAGAAACAGUCAUCGUUGCUCGCGGCGGCCCCGGCGGGAAUAAGGAAAACAGUUUUCUCGGACAUUUCGGCCAGGUUCAUCACAUACGAUUAGAUUUAAAACUAAUUGCUGAUAUCGGUCUCGUAGGAUUCCCAAACGCGGGAAAGAGUUCGCUUUUAAAAGCUAUAUCUAGAGCUAAGCCUAAAAUAGCGAGUUAUCCAUUCACAACUAUCAAACCCAAUAAAGGUACUAUACAGUAUGAAGACUUAAGACAAAUAACUAUUGCUGAUCUUCCUGGACUCAUAGAAGGAGCUCACAUCAAUGUAGGACUAGGUCACAAGUUCCUUAAACACGUCGAGAGAACAAAAUUGCUUCUAUUUAUAGCAGACAUUGAAGGAUUUAGACUGAGUCCCAAGUAUCCAAAGCGAAAUUGCCUUGAAACGAUUAUGUUACUUAACAAAGAAUUAGAGCUGUAUGAUGAAGAGUUGCUGGACAAACCGGCCAUUCUCGCUGUAAAUAAACUAGACAUAGAAGGUUCUCAAGAAACAUUUGAAUCUGUUAAACAUUCAUUAAAAAAUAUAAAUGAAGUCAUACAAACAAUACCAGAAGAAAUAAGACCAGAUAGGGUAAUAAAAUUCGAAGAUAUUAUCGGGAUAUCUGCUUUAAAAGGCACAUGUAUAAAUGAGUUAAAAAUGGCUUUGAGAAAAAGACUCGACCAGUUUGCCGAGGAGAAUGAUCCAAAUAUUGUAGAGCCUAGUAAACUUCUGAAAAAACAUCGAGCUAUUAUUCGAGAAAGAGGUCCACAAGUUACGUAAGCAAUAUGUAGAUUGUAUAGAAAAUUAUUAUAGUGGAAUAAAAAUAACCCAAAAGAAAAGUUAGAAUUAUUUUUACAAAGUAAUAAUAAAUAAGAAAAUUUCUCUAGC